UCUUUUUCUUCGCUUUUGGUUACAGUACCCCCAACGAAGGCCCCGUUUGUUCCUCGACACGUGUAUCGCGCGCUACGCCAUCGUUUAUGUAGCUAUCAUCAUCAUCUUCUUCAUCUUCAUUUUGGUUCGCAGCAGCAUCGUUCAUCAUGCAUCAUGCAUCAACCAUGACCGGCCGCUUCUUUCUUCUUCAUUCUUCUUCUUUUCUUGGCUUCGCUUGGCUUCGAUUCGAGGAUCCACUUCUUGUACAGCACAUACGCAACACGACGGGCGUGUUCUUGUUCCGCGAUUACUUUUUUCUCUUCUUCUUUUUCUUCUUCUUCAUUCUUCGUUCGUCUGCUUCGGCUUCUUCUCCACCUCCUCCACCUCCUCCUCCUACCGUCUACCUCCUCCUACCUCCUCGCCCCGUACUGUUGGUUCUGUCGUUCGGGCUCUCGGCCUGCCUGCCUCUCUCAUACCUACCCGUGUUUCUCGUGGACUCGGUCCUUUGCGAGCGAUUCGGCGUUCGAUACCACGGUGCUGCUGCUACUACUAUACUAUAUACUAUGCUACUACUGCUGCUGCUGCUCGAUUGCGUACGACCCACUACUGCGUAUUGCUGCUGCUACUGCUAUUCGUCUGUGGACUGUGGACUAGGUACUAUUGCUUGCUGUUGCUACUGUUGCUGCUGUUGCGCCUUACCUGUUUCUCGCCACCUUCACCACUAUUAUGUUUCAUUGUGUUGCGCAGUGCUAGGAAACGGUGUUGACGUUGUUGUUGUUGUUGUUGUUGUUGUUGUUGUUGUUGUUGUUGACGACGUUGUUUUGCGCCCUCUCUGUUUUGGUUUUUUUCGAGCUGAUGGCAGGUGUUGGAUUAGUGUGGCUUGGGUUGGCGCCUUGUGUAUGCAAUAGGCGUUGCGUGCAGUAGUAGUACCUAGUGUUGAGAGAGGAAAGGUAAUAAUGGAUUGGAAUCAAUGCAAUCAAUCAAACAGCAAUCAAUCGCCUGCGCAGUCGACUAGCCACCUAAGCGAGCGCGAAAGCCAGCACCGAGCGAGUGGGU